CCAAAGAUAUUGCAUUUAUAAUCAAUUUGAGAAUUUUAAUCUUCCAUUUAUGACCUUUUCUGGUGAUGUAAAAUUGAGGAUAUUGGUGUACAAAAUUUAAAUUUAUGUUCAGAUUCCAGCUAAAGGAAUCAAGCAUAGUCGACACAUGACUUAUUCAUCUCAAUUUAAUUACCAAUUUCUUCAUUCCAUCGUAACCUCCAAGUUUGACCAAUGACCAUUAUAGUUGGAAAGUUCUAAUCACUCGCCAUUUUCUUUAUGUACACACCAAAAGAACAAUAAUAAAAAAGUCAAACCUUCUUCCAUAAUCUUGAAAUUCUCAAUCAUAAUCCAUCAAAUAUUCCCAUCAUCUUCAUAAGAAAUUCUGAAUUAAACACAAACCCCUCCACAUACCAUUAACCUUUGAUCUUCUAUCUCAUAAAAAUACAAAAAUAGAAAGAAAAAAAUGGACACCAUAAUUCUAUAUCCAGUCAUGGGAAGAGGACACUUAGUCCCAAUGGUAGAAUUAGGAAAAUUCAUAACAACUCACCACCAUGACACUCUCUCCGUUAAAAUCUUCCUCCCCUCGUCUUCGAAUACUACCAACAGCCAAUACAUCACCACCCUGAUCGCCGCCACACCUUCCAUCACAUUCCACCAACUCUCUCGCUCUCAAAACUUAACCACCAGCCUUCAAUCCUUCAUUUCUCAAUCCUCCAAACCCAAAGCAUUCAUCUUAGAUUUUUUCAACCACUCUGCUGUUGCGAUAACCACCGUGCUAAACAUCCCAACCUUCUAUUACUUUCCCAACGCGGCUAGCACUGUUGCGCUCUUCCUCUACACCCCAACAAUAUACCACAACACCAGCAACAAAAAAACCUCCAUCUACAAUGAUGCGCUUCGUAAUAUCCCUGGCUUGCCACCUCUCUCACCGGAGGAUAUGCCGGAACCAAUGGUUGACCGUAGAAGCCAAAGUUACAAGUCGUUCAUGAACAUGUCAAUUCAAAUGAGAAAAACCGAUGGGUUAAUUGUUAACUCGUUUGAGAUGCUUGAAACCAAAGCUUUCAUGGCAUUGAAGAAUGGAGCUUGUGUAAUGGAAGAACAAAAACCGCGUGUUUUUUGUGUUGGGCCGUUAGUGGAAACAGUUAAGGAAAACAAUGAUGUUGUUGAUGAUGAUGAUCAUGAUGGGUGUUUUAGUUGGCUCAACUUACAACCAAGUCAAAGUGUUGUCCUUUUGAGCUUUGGAAGCUAUGGAAGAUUCUCAAAGAGUCAAAUAAUAGAGAUAGCUAUAGGGUUGGAGAAGAGUGAGAAAAGGUUUUUGUGGGUAGUGAGGAACCCAAUUGGGUAUGAAAGGAAAGAACUUAGUUUUGAGGAGUUAUUACCAAAAGGAUUUUUGGAGAGAACAAAGGAAAAGGGAAAAGUGUUGAGAGAUUGGGCUCCACAAGUGAAGAUAUUGAGUCAUGAUUCGGUGGGCGGGUUUGUGACACAUUGCGGUUGGAAUUCAGUGUUGGAAGCAAUUAAUUGUGGAGUAUCAAUGAUAGCGUGGCCUCUUUACGCGGAGCAAAGGUUGAAUAGGGUUGUAAUGGUGGAAGAAAUGAAGGUGGCUUUGGCAUUGAAACAGAAUGAAGAUGGAUUUGUUAAGGCAAGUGAGUUGGAGAAGCGAGUUAGAGAGAUUAUGGACACGGAUAGAGGGAGAGGAAAAAAGGUUAAAGAGAGAGUUUUGGGUGCUAAAAAUGAUGCAAUUUCAGCACUUAGUGAUGGUGGGUCUUCGAGGUUUGAUUUGAACAAGUUGGUUGAGUUGUGGAGGCAAUGAUCAUACUUUUCUUCUUGCAUUGGUGUUUAAUUAGGUGAACAUUUGGAUUUAUACUUUGUAUUUCAUAAUUUAUUACAUAUAUAUAAUAUUAUUGGUAGUAAUUUUGGUUUGUUUUAGAUCCACUCAUAGUAUAUUAGAAUUAAGAAUGUGUGCAAAUUAUAGCAUA